AUGACGUGUGAUAUUUUUCAGACAUAUUUACGUAUCAGAUGUAACAGACAAGCACGUUUAAGUUCCCGAAGUAGAAACAGAAAGAAAAGACCAGGUGAAGAUGGAGUUAAAGAAACAUCCUGUCCUAUUUGUAAUGAAAAAUUAACAGGAACAUCUGAAGAAUUAAAUUCUCAUGUUGAACUUUGUCUUAAAAGACGUGGUGAUCUAGAAGAUGAACCAGUAGAUGUUGAAGGAGAUGGAGAACAAUAUGAAGAAUAUACAUGGGCUGGUCAAACACGAAUCAGAGCUACUUCUUUAUUAGAAGGUGGAUUUGCUAAGUCAGGGUUUCUAACCAGUAAUUGUCGUAGAAUAUCACAAGAAGAAGACGUAGAUUUAAAUGUGGAUGUCGAUGAUUCAGAAGAAUAUGGAACUCCUCAAUAUAGUGAGGCUGAUAUAGUUCCUUUAAAAUCUGAUGAACCAAAUGAGAAUCAGGAAAGGUUGGCGCUGAGGGGUGCAGUUUUAGGAAAUAGUUCUAUGAGUUAUGAUCCAGGACCAUCCAAUAGUAUAUCACAAACAACUAGUAAUAGUUAUAUUAGUAAUACUGAUAGUUCCUCUCAAGAAUUAAUUGAUGCGCUAAAAGCCAAAUUAAAAGAUAAAGAAGAUCAACAGAAAAAUAAACAAAAAUGUCUCAUUUGUAUGGAUGUUUAUAAAGAACCUUUAGCCUCUAUACAAUGUUGGCAUGUUCAUUGUGAAUCUUGUUGGCUUCAAACUUUGGGAGCUAAAAAAUUGUGCCCACAAUGCAACACUAUCACCUCAUCUUCAGAUUUAAGAAGAAUCUAUUUAUAG